AUGCCUCUCCGGCAGAGCCUCCUCAGCUUCUACAGGUCACGGACGGAAGGUGUCAAGUCUAAACCCGUCGAGCCUUUCUCAACACGUCCCACCAUGACCCGGACGCUCAGCUCGAGCUCUUCAGACACGGAUCCCGAUACUAUAGUGGUUUCAACCCAGCCAGCAGUUCAACUGCCAACCCCGUCCGAGAGCUCGUGUGACGUGUCCGUUCUGGAUGCCCAGCUCAUCAAGAUGCAGCAAGUGCCAAAGGGUCGGGCGCGACGCGUUAGUUCACGUCUGGCAAAGAGUCAAAGCCAGGACGGCCUUCUGGAACAUGUCGAUAUUGACAGUGCAAAGAGCAGAAACGUCAGCGGAGAAACUCUGGUCAACCUGGACAAUGCCAGCCAGUCAACCUUGGUCAAAGAAGGCAUCGCUGCAUUGGAUCUUCCUUGGAAUAUGAGCGCUGUGUUCUCAAAGGAUGGAAAGCGAGACCUCCUCCAAAGCAAACAUUACCAAGCAAUGGCGGACGCUGACUCAAUAAUGGAAAUCGACGCGGAGGAACAACUCAGAAAGGAGAAACGAGCCGCAAAAAGGGCGAAGAUGGAGGAAAACAACAAACUCUGGGAAGCAAGACGCAAAGCUGCUGAGAAACAUGCUACCAGAAGGUCUUCCCGGAUGCCGGUCCUUGAUAAAGCUGGAGAGUUUGUCUCCAGUAUAGCAAACAGUGUGCUUGGUAAGAGAAAGGACAGAUCGACGGAUUCAAGACCAGGCUCAAGGAAAAGUGAAGGCUGUAACUUGUCUGAGCCAGCUCAAGAACCUGAAUCAAAGAAACGCCGUGUGAGCCAUGGAGAUGCUCUCACGUCUGAAGAGCCAAGCCCAAAGAAAGUGCCCGCGCGUCGACGGGAGAAGAGAUGGCUCUCGUCCGCUCUCUACGUCGGUCAACCCAGACCAUUUGAUAGUUGGCGCACGGAGAGCAAGAACAGACGCCAGAGCGGUCAAACUGCCACAUCCAUCCAGGAAAACAAGGUACUCCCUCUCCCUAUGUAUGCUGGAGAGCGCCUUCUCAAGCAGGGGCGAGACUUCAAAUUGCCAUUUGACAUUUUCUCACCGCUCCCUCCCGGUCAGCCGAAGCCUGACGAGUGGAAGAAGGUGAAUAAGAAUGUAUUUGUUGGCGAUGCAGCUCAAUCGUGGAGGGUAUCAAAGUACGAAGAGCAGUCCAGUUGCCUGUGCAUCCCUGAGACUGGCUGUGACCAGGAUUGUAUGAACCGCUACAUGUUCUACGAAUGUGAUGAGCGGAAUUGCAAUCUCAAGCCUGAAGAAUGCGGCAAUCGGUCCUUUGAGGAAUUGCGUCAACGAGUCAAGAAAGGUGGAAAGUUCAACAUUGGUGUGGAAGUCAUCAAGACUGAGGAUCGGGGGUACGGUGUGCGAAGCAAUCGCAGUUUCGAACCAAACCAGAUCAUUGUUGAAUACACCGGCGAGAUCAUCACACAAGAGGAGUGUGAGAAAAGAAUGAAGUCGAUGUAUAAAAAUAACGAAUGCUAUUAUCUUAUGUUGUUCGACCAAAAUAUGAUUAUUGACGCAACUCGAGGCUCGAUUGCUCGCUUCGUCAACCAUUGUUGCGCUCCAAAUUGUCGAAUGGAGAAGUGGACGGUCAAUGGAAAGCCCCGAAUGGCUUUAUUUGCUGGUGAUAGAGGCAUCAUGACUGGCGAAGAGCUCACGUACGACUACAACUUCGACCCUUAUUCUCAGAAGAACGUCCAACAAUGCCGGUGUGGUGCGGACAACUGUCGCGGCAUCUUGGGACCGCGGCCAAAGGAGGAAAGAAAGCAAAAGUCCCCCGACGAGGAUACGAAGAAGACUGGCAAACUGGCAGGAGCCAAGAGAAAGAUUGCUGAGGCGAUUGAAGAAACCACGAACCGCGUGGCAAAGAAAGUCAAGAUCAGCCAGCCUAAGGCCAAAGUUUACAAGAGUAGUAGCAAGAACUCGGUCAAGAGCAGCCCAAUCAAGGUUCGCAAGGUCAAGCUCUUGAAAAAGGCUGUCAGUCGAAAGACCAGUGCGACUGCUCUCGGGCUAGCAAGGCGCCCGUCGAAGCUGAACAGACUAGUUCAGAGCGCAAAGGGCAAGGCGGUUGGCAAGAAGGCUGAUCAGCGGAUCGUGUCCACAUCAUCUUCGACAGCGUUGAUCUUGAAACCGAAAACGACCCGAGCUGCUAUACCGCCACGCAGGUCCUCCAGCUUGCGUGAGAAGACCUCGAGUGUCAGGAGUCGAGUGGUCAGGACGGUUCGAGGCCGUGAGAGUGGCAGGAGCAGAACGAUUCGACCCGUUGUUGAGGAAGCAGGAGACUUGUGA